AUGUAUAUAAAGAAGGAACCAUUGCUUUUGGGUGGUGUGGGUUGCUGCCUGCGUGAUUCUAGGGGCAGACUGUUGGCUGGUAUGAGUAAGGCUACUCUCCGGAACUCUGCAGUAGAAGUGGAAGCGGAAGCUGUUUUGGAAGGGCUAAUUCUAGCAAAAGAGAAAAAUUGUCAGAAAAUCAUUCUAGAAAGUGAUUCAAUGGAUGUUGUCUCUUGUAUGAGGAACGAAAAUCUGCGCGGCAAUUGGAGAAUCAUCCCUAUUAUCUUGGAGAUCAGGAGACUCUCUUCAUGGUUCACCUCUGUCAAAUGGGAAUGGGUAUCUCGCCAAGCAAAUCAAGCUGCUCAUGCUGCUGCAGCUCUGUCAAAUAUGAGGGUGCGAACUUUGCGUUGGGCCUCACAGCCUCCUCCCUCUAUGGUUCGGGUAUUGGCUAAGGACGGUUUGCCGUGCCCUCCUAGUAAUUAG